UGCCAAAUACUUUAAAAGUGACUCACUCUAUUUUUGAAAGUAAAGUAUGGUUUCACAAUAUAGCCAUGUUGAUGAAGUUAAAAAAAGACAUGAAAUCACAACAAAAUAAAGUCACAAUGUGCACAUACACACAUAUGACUGGUAGGGAUUUCCAAAGUUUAGUUGGAGAAAUAAGGCAAAAUAAUGGGUAAUGUAAUGGGGAGGGCAGCAAUAUUGUUGAAAUCAAUAUCACACUAUUCAGAACAAUAUUUUAUCCAGUAUGGAUAUGGCAAAUGUAUGCAAAAAUACCAUCAAAUUAUCAAAUUGAUGUCCAAUGCAAAUAAUCAUUCAUACAUCAGAUCAAAUUCCACUGUCAAUAAACAACAAUAUUGAAUUGAGUAGUGUUGGUGAUUCCCCUAAAAUCUUCUCAGAAUAUCUUUCUGGAUGCAGCAAUACAAAGCAAUUCUAAGCUGAAGUUUCAGUCAGGCUUUUAUAAGCAUCACUCCACCAAAACAGCACAUGAAAUGUUAAAACAUACUGAUAAUACUCUAGUUCUGCUUGUCAUUCAUGCUGCUUUUGAAACCAAUGAUCACUUUAUCCUGAUUGAUGAGACAGGAUGAUUGGGUUAUUUUAAAUACCCACUGAGUGAAAUUUCUUCUGUUUAAUCUAGCAGAGCAUUCACUGUCACUAUAUGUAAAUGUAUUUCCCUAUCAGUCGUAACUGAUAUGUGACUCCUUCAUGGAUCAACAAUGGAUCAGUUUCAUUUAUCUCUCUGGAUGUAAUCUGUUAAGCUUUAAAUAGUCUAUUUGCCUUGUAAAGCAUGAUUACCUAAAUUCUGAAGACCAAGACAGGACAGAAGUUUCUCUAACUAACAUACAAUAAAACAGAAAUUCUUGGGCCUUCUCAAGACCCUGACAAGUUUGGUAAAGCACUUAGCUGUAGGAUAAAAACCACGCCUACAUCUUCUCCUUCCCAGACAACUGCAAAUGUCUUCGCACUGUCAUUCCCUUGUCCCUUGUCUUCGCCUCAUCUACAGCAAGCACAGAAGGUCUUUGAUUGGCUCGUGGAAAACAGACCAUAUCAUCCCAGAGAAUCCAAACAUACCAGCGAUCGCCAAAUAUUUCACCACAACAGGGCGGUAUGAGGAAGUGAACCCGUAUCUCAUAGAGGACAUACUUGCUGUAAACAGAUCCAUGCUUCAGCCUCCUUCAGCACAAUGUCGCCAAAUCCAUCUGACUGCAAUAAUAAGACAUGGCACGAGAUACCCGACCACCCAAAGCAUUAAGAAGAUGCAGAAGGUGUACGACCUGGUAAGAAGCAGAGCCUCGGGCAAAGAGAGCUGGUUGCGUGAAAUCCAGACCCAGUGGACAAUGUGGUACACUGAAGACAUGGACGGCAGACUAGUCCAGAAAGGUGUGAACGAUCUCAAGCAUCUGUCCGUCAGACUGUCAAAGCUGUUCCCCUCACUGAUUUCAGAGCAGAAGCUUCGAGGUGGCCACAUUAAAUUCAUAACCAGCUCAAAGCACAGGUGUGUCAACAGCACACUGUCCUUCAAGGCAGGACUGACAGAGCUGUGGGACAUUAAAGAUAGGGAGUUUGACCAUGCAGUGAAUGAUGCUUUGAUGAGGUUUCCUCGCUGGUGCACCAGGUUUGUGCAGGAAGAUAACCACAACCUGUCAGCUGUGGAAGAGGAUGACAAGUUCAUGCAGGGACCAGAGAUGAGGAGGGUCCAGGAGAAGAUUGCAAACCGUCUCAGAGUCCCGUACAGUAACAUCACACAUGAUAUGGCUGAGUCUGCAUUUGAUUUGUGUGCUUUUGAGUUUGCCAUCAAGGCAGUGAACUCCCCCUGGUGUCGGCUCUUUGAUGAGGAUGAUGCAAAGGUUAUGGAGUAUGCAAGUGACCUAAGGGAAUUCUGGAAAAGAGGCCAUGGUUAUAAUAUUAAAAGCAAGUCAAGCUGCAUCCUCUUCCAUGAUGUUUUCUGUCGGCUGAACAAGUCGGCCAGCGAGAACAAGUCUGGCCAACAGGUGACUGAAGCUGUGACAGUCCAGGUUGGCCAUGCAAGUACACUGCUGCCACUGCUAACCCUCCUGGGCUUCUUCAAGGACAACGAUACCCUGACAUCAACCAACUACGCCAAUCAGACUGAACGCUCCUUCCGCACCAGCCACAUGUUACCCUUCGCAGCUAACUUACUCCUGGUGCUGUACGACUGUGGAGGAGGUGACCUGAGACUGCAGCCACUGCUUAAUGAGAAGCCUGUGACUUUCCCUGGUUUGACUGACCAGCAGGCCUCCAUGCCGCUCUAUCGGGAUGUCAGAGAACACUACAGGGAACUGCUCCAAGGCUGUGACUUUGAGACAGAGUGUCAGCUGUUCAAGCAGCCGGCUGAUGUUUAGGCAGACAGCGUGGACUCUGGACACAAAGGCAUUAUUCAUGGUGUUGAUCAGAAGUUUAUGGUGGUUUUGUAUAAGGCGGAUUUUGAGAGCCUAAUUAGAUACGGCAUCACAGCUUGGUUUGGUAAUCUCUCUGUGCAACUGAAGUCCAAACCAGUCCGACUCAUGCAGACUGCUUGGAAGAUAAUAGGUGUAAGACAGCAUCCAUCCCUGCAGUCUACCUACCAACUGACUGUUCUAAGGCAAGCCAACAAGAUAAUAAUUGACCCAUACCAGCUACUGCCAUCAGAGAAGAGGUUUAGAAUACCAUGUUGUUGAUUGAAUAGAUUUUAAAACUCUUUUAUUAUCACUUCAAUAAAAAAUUUAAAUGGCAACAGAUGAAAUUCUUGUUCCUUGUAGCUGUCUUACCCUGUCUUUUAUGAAUGUGGAAUGUUUUUUGUGGUUGCAGCAUGGGUGAAAGCCUGAUCCAGAUUUCCUACAAUGUGGGACAAUAAAGAGAAUCUUGAAUCUUGAAUUAU